AGCAGGGGUCCCAUGGAGGCUGUGGGUGCUUUGAACUGUAGGCCGGGGGUGGGGGCCCUAACAGCACUGUGGUCACCACUAAUGCCUGAGAGAAUGGGCUGCUGGGGGCUCCACCCCGGACAUGGUCCAUUCUAACUACGAGGAAGUGACAUGUCACAGGGGUGAGGAAAUCUCACUGAGGAAGAAAUGCUCUAGUGUUGCUCCAUUGUGUGGGGCGAGUGUGGUCAGUGAGAGGAGCAGAUGUUGGCUGUGGAAGGGGAUGGCAAUCCCAAUCUAGACCUGGACCAGUAGCCGUCCUGUCAUCUGGAUUGAAUGGAUUCGAGCACCAGGUCCAGGACUCUGCCUCAGCCAGUGCUGCUGCUGUGCCUGAGCUUCCUGCACCCCACCCUCCUUGAGUCAACGUGGAAGAAGAUUGUGAGACCAAACGCAGGCAGGACGAGGAAGCAAAGAGGUCUCAGAAAGCAGAAGUGGGCCCUGGAGACUGGACCCUCCGUGAGAAGGCUUGAAAUUAUCUCCCUUCAGGAGUCUGGCAUUGCUGUGGGUGACGUCUGUGCUGCAGACAUGACCCCAGGGGAUGGGAGGCCUUGGCUGCCUGCAGCGCUGCUCCUUCUGCAGGUCCCAGGUUGUUGGUCUCUGCGUGGCCCCACCUCCGUGACGGGCACCGUGGGGGGAUCCCUGAGCGUGCAGUGUCAGUACGAGGAGAAAUUCAAAGAGAAUGUCAAGUACUGGUGCAAGACCCCAUGUAUGGGGGAUAUUAUGAAGACUGAAGAGGCAGACAAAGAAGUGAGGAGUGGCCGUGUGUCCAUCAGGGACCAACCUGCAAACCUCACCUUCACAGUGACCUUGGAGAACCUCACAGAAGGUGAUGGAGGAACAUACCGGUGUGGGAUCGAUACAUCAUGGCUCUCAGAAUAUUUGCUCGACCUCACCUUCCGAGUUGUGCUGUCUGUGACCCCAGGUGCUGAUACUGUCCCUGGGCCUCGGACAGGCCUGGGCUGGCCUCAGGGGCCCUGCACUAGGAGCUGCUCGAAGGUGAAAGUGUUGGGCACUUGUGCGCAGUCCUACUCUGAGUUCCCAUCAACAGUGGUGUGUUCUGAGACUUCCCGCUCUUUGUCUCUGAGUGGCCCCAGCACUGUGAUGGGCACCGUGGGAGGAUCCCUGAGCGUGCAGUGUCAGUACGAGGAGAAGUACAAGACAUUUACCAAAUACUGGUGCCGGCAACCAUGCUUGCCAUCUUGGAACCAGACUGUGGCCACCGGAAGGUCUGAGGAAAAGAUGAGGAGUGGCCGCGUGUCCAUUGUGGACCAUGCUGAAAACCUCACCUUCACAGUGACCUUGGAGAACCUCACUGCAGAUGAUGCAGGAAAAUACAGGUGUGGGAUCGCAACGAUACUGCAAGAAGAAGGACUCCAUGGUUUCCUGCCUGACCUCUUCUUCCAGGUUCAAGUGUUUGUUUCCCCCAGGUCCCAGGUUGUCAGCAUCCACUUCCUGCUUCUCAUACUCCUGAAGGUGCCCCUGUUUCUGAUGAUGCUCAGUGUCAUCCUCUGGGUCAACAGAUCUCAAUGGGCAAUUUGUGGGACACAGAGUCGGCCUGAUGAAGACAACAUGCAGCCCUCCUUGUCCAUCAACAUCCUGUCCAGAGACACUGCCACUCACACUAGAAGAGGAAGGACUUCUGUCCCCAAGCCUCCUAUCUCUUCUCACCUUGUUCCCCAAAACUGGUCCCUGCUUAGCAGGGUUCACUUCUUGCUCCUGGUCAUCCUGAAGGUGUCCCUGCUCCUGACCAUGCUCACUGAUGUCCUUGGUGUGUCCUCUCUCCUUGUGGGGACCCUGACCAAGAGAAGCUUUAGCCCUUCGUGCCUUUGGAUAUGCUGUCCAGACACACAGCUCUUCAGAGGAGAGAAGAGAAGAUUCACCACAUCUGAUUUACCCAUUUUUCUGUUGAUGGCUUAGGGUUGCUGCCCGCUGGGGCUAUUCCACAGUGAGUGCUGCCAUGAACUUUCUUGUACAGGUCACCUAGUGUAUAUGUGACAUGAAUUCACUAGGGUACAUACUUAGGGAUGGAAUUGCUGGGGUUUAGGGUUUGUGCACACUCAACCACACUAGAUAAUGCCAAGUGAUUUUCCAAACCCAAAAUUCAUGGCCCCAUCAGCUUGACUGAGGGCUCCUAUUGCCCUGCCUCUCUGUGUGACUUCCUAGAAUAUCAGACAUUUUAAUUGUUAACUUUUGCCAGUUUGAAAUAGUUCUUUGUUGCACCAUCUACAGGGUGGCUAGGCAGUGCAGCCCAUGGUCAAAAGUAGCUAAGUGUGAGAAGGAAAAAGGCCAGUGCAGGUUUUGAAGUCGAUGAGAACAGACAACAUGCACACAGGCUCAGAGUGUGCAGAGUUUCCUUACAGCAGAAGGAGAGAGGGAGGGAUCAGGUGGUACAUCCUUCCCCCAUGGUGGGUGCAUCCCCUCAGCGGCCCGUGUGGGCGGUGUGGCUGAACGCAUUCCACUUGUCAUCCUGAGCACAUUUUCACUUAUGUUGCAUUCCCUCUUCCGUUCAGAUUUGGCCCAUCUUUCUUGGGUUUCUCUUUUUCCUUCCUGAAUUAUAGGACACACACUCUCACUGGUCAAGUUUUAUCAUUGAUGCCUUUCAAAUAUGGGCUCACAGAAUUUGGGGUUUGUCUUUUCAUUCUGGAGUCUUUUCACAAAUACACCACAACUUUAGAGUAUUUGAAUUCA